GGACCAAUCAGCAAACAGGCGGGUCGGACGGGGUGAAGAUGGCGGCGACGGCGGCCGGGGCCGGCCGUGUGAUGGGUACCGUCAAGGUGGUGAAACCGUUUAUGUCACGGAAUCAGAGCGAAGCUAAACGCCGGGUGCGAGAGCUUUAUCGAGCCUGGUACCGGGAGGUGCCCAACACCAUACAGAAGUUCCACCUGGAUAUCUCAGUAAAACAGGGACGAGAUAAGGUGCGGGAAAUGUUCAUGAAAAACGCCCAUGUCACUGACCCCCGGAUUAUCGACCUGCUGGUGAUAAAGGGUAAACUGGAUCUUGAAGAAACUAUAAAAGUUUGGAAGCAGCGGACACACAUCAUGCGUUACUUCCAUGAGACAGAAACACCCCGACCCACAGAUUUCCUAUCCAGAUUCUACACUGGGCAUGAUGUGUGAAUUGUAAAAUAAAUGUAUUCAGAAAUAAUUAAGAAAUAAAAUGGAUUUAAUAGUCUAA